CCCAUUAUCCAUCUGUAAGAACACAGACUCAAAAUCGGUACCUUUACAUGCACUUUAAAAGUUCGAUUUCAGUCCGACUGAAGCCGUACCUGCUCGGUUUUUUAUGAAGUCGGACUGCGUGUUUUUGCGCAUGCUCAGUCGAGACUACGCCGAACGCAACAUAAACAAAGUCAAAGUAUCAUGGCGAAUGCCAAGAGCCUUUAUUUUUGGUCAGAUGAAGAGACUGCCUUCAUGUUGUUGCAGCUGAAGGAGCUGGACAUUCUUAAAUACAUAGAUGGACGAAAAACAAGGAACGGCGAACUAUUUAGAAAAGUUGCCAAAAAGCUAGAAAAGGCGGGCUUUAUCCGAAGCCCCGAACAGAUCCGCGUACGAUGGAAGCACCUCAAACAGAGUUAUUACAGAUCAAAGAAGAUGAAUGGAAGGAGCGGUUUCAAUCCAGUCAUCACGCCACACGCGGAGAUUUUGACGGAGCUUUUAGGACACCGAGCACUAUCAAUAGCAGCAGUGAAUAGUGUGGACAGCAGUUCACUCUCCUGCUCUGCUUCAGCAAGCAUGCAAGAGAGUAUGAAGCCGGAUGGAAUUUCAGAAGAGCCAGCUUUAAUUGAGGUCAAGUGCGAGUCUGUUUCGGAAGACUCGCCACCCGAGAAGGCUAGCACCCCUCCACCCAGGGGUUAUGGGCCUGCUGCAGGGAGGAGAAAAAUACGACAAACAGCAGAUAUGGAAAGGUUUUUUGAACGAAUGCGGCAGAUGCAGAACUCUUGGAUGUCUGAACAGUUACAGCAAAGCCAGGAGAGAGAGGAGCGCCUGGUAACCACUAUCUUGGAAAGCAAUAACAAAGUAGUUUCAACGAUAAUGGAGACUAUCCACAGCCUGCAGCCUUCCACUGCUGCAACACCCCAGCCAUGUCCUCCAAGCUAUGCCAGAACAGUCAGUGUGAAUGUUCAUGACAAAAUGGGGUUAACCCCUCUGAUGGUGGCAGCCCAGAAAGGUUUUACCAGCUUAGUGGAAAUCUUGGUGAAGCAUGGAUCUGACAUUGACAUGAGAGAUAGGGCUGGAAAAGACAGUCUAAUGCUGGCCUGUUAUGCUGGUCAUCUGGACACAGUGACGUAUCUGCGUCAGUGUGGGGCCUCUUGGCAGUCUCAAGACAUGGAUGGCUGCACUCCACUCCACUGGGCCGUAGAUGGGGGACACCAGCCUGUCAUCUCAUACAUGAUCCAGGAUGGUUGUGAGGUGGAUGUAAGGGAUAAAGUCUCUCUCUGGACUCCACUAAUGCAUGUGUCAGCCAUCAGUGGAGACACUGCGGUGGCCUCCAUCCUCCUCCAGGCUGGAGCUGAUGUAAAUGUCCGUGACAAGGCUGGGAAGACACCACUAAUGGUAGCUGUGCUGAAUAACCAUGAGGAACUGGUGAAGCUGCUACUCGACAAUGGGGCAGACCACCAUAUUAAGAAUGAGUAUGGAGCAGGUGCAGCUGAUAUGGCAAAAGUAUUCGAGAGAGAGAACAUCAUGAACUUGUUGGAAUAAAAAAAACUUGGAAGAUUCAUAUCAACAAUAUCAUCUCAGAGGGAAAAAUGAUCUCUGUCUUAUAAAUCAUAUUUUACAAACAUUAAAGACUUGAGUUGUAAAAACAAAAAAACUUUAAAUGUUCGUAUUUCUGUGCGAGUGUAAAAUAAAAU